CGCAUCACCCACUUUCAUGGACAAAGCGGCCACCAUCAAGAAGGUCGUGCGCCUGGUCGAGCAGGCUGCGGCCGAGGAAGUCAAUUUGCUCGUGUUCCCUGAGACUUUUGUUCCCGGAUAUCCGGGCGAGCAUGUGCAUGCCGGCGCGUGGCCGGCGCUGUCGACAAUGAAGGAAUUCGAGUCGGUCGCCGACGCGCAGAUUGAGGCGCUCAUGAAGGCGCAUGCGCUGACGGCGCAGGUGUGGGUCGUCACGGCGUCGAAUUAUGUUGAUGGAGGGGUGUCUGGAGUGGAUGAGAGCCAAUUUUGGGGAGCAGGAGUUGGUUAAGAGGGAUGGGAGGUGGCCGGCCGUGAUGCAUCCGUUUUGUGACUUCGUUGCUGGACCGCAUACGGGGGAAGAGGAGAGGUUGGUCAUUGGGGAGGUGGAUUUAGCUGACCUUGCGGCGGUCAAGGUGUGGAUUGACGCCAAGAGGAAUUACCAGCGGCCAGAAAUCUUGAGGUUUGGGAUUGAUGAACGGCCGUACUGGGCGGAUGAGAAGAGAGACAGGUUCGGGGAGCAGAAGGAGGGGGAGUGAGAGGAUAUUAAGGAGGUCAAUGAGCUGUUGGACUGCGAGUAUGAAAGCGUGGUGUUGUUACGCAAACAGGUAAUGGCUCAGUCCGAAUGGCUCACUCGACAUUAGAUCACUAUUGUUACGGCACAGCGCGCCCCGUCGGGUCGAGGCACUGGGGAAUAGCACAGUGUGCC